AUGAAGAUCUGUGAGACUUUCACAGUGAAUUGCUUCAUUGAGAAGUUACCCCCUGGAUGGGCAGACUUCAAGAACUAUCUUGCCUUCAAGCAAAAGGCAUUGACUUUGGCCAACUUGGUUUCCAGGCUGCAGAAUGAGUCACUGAAGCGUGAAAAAGCUGAAACCAGCCCAAGCCCACCAAUUCCCAAAGAAGAAAUCUGGAUUCUCAGGGAAGUGCAAUCACUGUGGCAAGGUUGGACAUCGCGGAGCCGAUUGUCGCAGCAAGGCCAAGGAGAAAAACCAAGCCAACUUGACAGAGGAUCUGACAUGGUGGCUGUUGUUACAGAAGCCAACAUGGUUGAAGAGAAUCCGGCACUAUGGUGGUAUGACACUGGUGCUACCACACACAUCUGCAUUGACAGACAGAUGUUCAGCACAUACCAGAAAAGCAAGGGAGAUGAUCGUCUGCUGAUGGGAAAUGUGUCCCACUCCAAGAUUGAAGGCACUGGAAAGGUGGUCCUGAAGAUGACAUCUGGAAGAGAGCUCACACUCAACAAUGUGAAGCAUGUUCCAGACAUGAGGAAGAAUCUGAUUUCUGGCACUCUGAUGAGCAAGCAUGGAUUCGCCAUCAACUUUGAGUCUGACCAGCUGAUUCUCAGGAAACAUGGUGUUUUUAUAGGAAAAGGUUUUGUUAAGGAUGGACUGAUUAAGAUGUGUGUAUCUCCAGUCCAAAGAAACAUGUUGUACCUGUUUCCAAUGAUUUGA